AUGAAGGGUAAUGAGGAUCGAUAUAUUGCUGGACGUAACAGCGAAAAUGGUCCAAAUAUCAUGUUUUAUGUACAUGGGCCACUAUGUGUCUCAAGUGUAGAUGUGACAUUUGCACUGAAGAUUGAUUGUGAAUUCAUGAAUAAGGAAAAGUAUGGACGAUUGAGAAACAAUGACCAAUGUCUUCUCGUUCCAAAACCCCCUGAUGGUGCAAAGUUUUACAACCAAUCAUAUAGCAAUAUGUCUACUAUCCCUACAUCCACCCCUUGUAGUUACUGCUGGCUGAUGACUUCCAGUUCUGUGGAAGUUCAACGAGUGAGGGCAUCAACAAAAGAACACAAGAAAAUCCACAUGAUGCUGAAAUACAUGCCAAGAGAAGAUCAGCUAGACAUGGUUGACUUCAAUAAGUCAUAUGUCUCCAAAACCAUCAUGUACAACGAAAAAUGCCCUACAACACAAGGCAAAGAUGUUCCAAUAGCGAGAUGUUUUGAAGAUGUCUUGAAAACCAUGAAUGAUAUCCACUGUAUUAAACUGUUGGACGUCCCUGAGGGGUCCGAACUAACUUUUAUGAUAAAGCUCCUCAUUUCAGCAUUUAACCUGAAACGCACUCGUCAAGAAGAGCGGGAUUGGCCAGAUGAUUGGGACUUUGAAGACAUUUUCAAAGAUCUUAAUGAAUCAAUUGCCAACAAAGCUGGGGUUGAAUUAAAUACAGUCAACAUCAAUGAACAAUUCAUAACUCUCACUGACAAAAUUGUUGCUGCCUUAAAAACAGAAGCUGGUGGCUCAUUAGUACAACAUAUCAAAAACUGCAUGGGACGCUUUAACAUGGAUCUGACUAACAAAGCCAUUGCAUUUUACUGCAUUCACCAAGGAGGUGCUGUUUUAUCACACAUGCAUUUCCCAACAACCAACGUUAUGUACACAAAAUAUGAGCCAUCAAUCACUGAUUCCCAAUUCUUGGACUAUCAUCCACAUCCUUCAAUAUUCACACACAAUGACAUGAAAGUUCUCAACAGGAUUGUCAAACAGUUGAAAUCACCCGAAGGGCGUCAACUUUUGAAUGAUGCAAAGGUGUCCGAGUCAUUCUUGAGCUAUUUGAAGUCAAAAUGUGAAAGUGGUGUCACUCCUCAGUGUAAUGCUUAUGAGGAAGUGAAAGCCAUUCUUGAGAGGAUAUAAACAAACAGUAAAACAAUAGAACCUCUACAAAGUGAACACCACUUGAACCAGCUAAAGGUGCUUACAAUGAAAGGCGUUUGCAUAAUUAUAGCACUGACAUGUUCAGAUAAUAUGUGAGUCAAUGGGAUAUCAAAAUAGAAAAAUCAGAACUGUUAAAAUAUAAAACUGUUCACUUCUGUGAGGUGUUCACAUAUAUAAGCUUUGCUACAUUUUACUCAAUGCAAUGUCAUUCAUGAAUCUAUCUGCUCCUGAAAUUAAUUGUUUAUUAAUUAGACAUGUACCAGUUAAAGGUAGCCCCCUGCAAGUCUAUCUGUAUUUAUUUAUAUACAUGUAAUGCUAAUAAUAGAGAUAUAGUGAAACCUGUAAAGU